CACACCCCAGACAAAUAUCUGUCUCUUGACUGGAGUCAAUAUGAUUACUAUUGGGCUGCUGGAUAGACGUUUUCAUCUAUAGCAGCUUCUUUAUGGACUAAAAUGGGGAAGUUAUGCAAACUUGUACUUUUCGUUAUGGUUCUGAUGGCAAUGCUACACAGUUCAUCAGGAGGAAAGAAGUUGCUUUGGAGCAAGAACACCCCUUCCAAGAAGCCAUCCGAUAAGCCAUCACAAGGGACCAAGACACAACUAAACUAUCCCAGGCAACCCUAUUAUCCUGGUGCAGGAAGUAAGCCAGGCAACCCUAAACAGCAAUAUCCUGGUAGAGGCAGCUCUAGUCCGGGAGCAGGCAGCUAUCCAGCUGGUGGCAGCAAUCCUUCGGCUGGUGGCAACCCAAAUCAGUAUCCUGGAAGAGGGGGAUCCAACCCAGGAGGAUAUCCCAACCAGAAUCCUGGAGCAGGUGCCUAUCCAGCUGGUGGCAGGCACCCUUCGGCUGGUGGCAACCCCAAUCAGUAUCCAGGAAGAGGGGGAUCCAACACAGGAGAAUAUCCCAACCAGAAUCCUGGAGCAGGUAGCUAUCCUGCUGGUGGCACCUAUCCUUUGGCUGGUGGCAACCCCAAUCAGUAUCCUGGAAGAGGGGGAUCCAACACAGGAGGAUAUCCCAACCAGAAUCCUGCAGGAGGGGGUUACUCUAAUCAGUAUCCAGGUAGAAGUGGGUACAGCCCUGGUGCGUAUCCAGCAGGUGGAUCUUACCCAGUAAGAACUGCAGGACAGCCUGUAGGAUACCCAGGAGGACACCCUUCCAUUGGAGGGGUAUAUCCCAACUGGAACCCCAACAAUAAGAUUCUCAGUCCACGCUAUGGAGGCUCAUUUGGAGGUGGUAGAUUUGACAAUGGUGGCUCCCCUUUCUCUAAUACAGCGAAAAGCAUGGGCUUUGGUUCUUCUCUUAAAUCCAAAGGCUUUGCAAAAAAGGCAAUACUAGCUGCAGGCAUUGGGGCAAUGGCAGGAAUGGCUGUAGGCUAUGGAAUUGGAAACUUUCCACGCCCCAACUUCCAAUUCAAUAGCCCUCAUGAGGAGCGUCAAUACAACCACUAUAUGUACGAACGUCAGGGCAUUCAUUCUAAAGGCAGAAAUAACCAAGUAGGACCAAACUACACAUCAAAGCAACCACCCCAGUCAUAUGAGCAAUUAAUGAGCACAUGCAUGAAGCGAAAUGAUCUUCUAAAAGAGCAGGACACUACAGAUUCUGCGGAUCACAAGAACAUUCAAAGAGAUGAGCCACUGACUGAUUAUGCAGCUAUGAAUAUAGACUACUUAGAGAAAGCUGGGCUGGAGAAGAAUGACACCACAUCCCCUACAACUGUCAAUAAUUAUCCAGAGGCUGCUGUUAUUAGUGAGAAUGAUGAUGACACAGUGAGUAUCAUACAGAUUGGUUAUCCAGCUCUCAUUGAGCAGAUGAAAGCUCGAAAGUGUGUUGAGUUGUACUUGGGUUACUCUGAGAGCUUAAUGGAGAAGCAGAAAGACGAUAAGAAGGACACAAAUGAAAGAAAAGUUUCCAGUCCUUCCAAUAACCAUAAUGGACACCGUGUCUCUGAAGUGCUUCUGAUACUCACUGCUUUCUUUAUGCUUUUUAGUAGCACUUAGUAGAGCUGCCAACAUUGACUAUAUACAAAGGAAUACAAUUGCCCAUCCUUUCUAAAUCUAGGAAUCCAAAGGUGAAGUUACAUUUUAAAUGUUGUGUAUAGGUCUUGACUGAAGUUUCUCUUAUAUGCUAAAAAUGUAAAAAAUAAUAAUAUAUAAAUAAAUAAAUUUCCUCACUGGCUAUUUAAACAUACAGUACACGGCAAAUGUAUUGCAUACAUUUUAUGAAUGUAUUUUGUUAAAUUACAAAACUAUUGUUAUUAUUAUUCCUGGGAAAUAAAAUGUUAACCAAUGUAUUUAUUCAUAUGAAUUUAAUGUUAUGGAUCUAUUUAAUCACAGUAACCAUUUAUAUUAUUUACAAAAACAUCAUAAUCAUCAUCAUCUACAACAGCAA